GGAGGUUGUCUCCAAUUUCUCCUCCCCCGCUCUCCCCCCCGUCCCAGCCAAGAUGUCUGACAUGGAGGAUGAUUUCAUGUGCGAUGAUGAGGAGGAUUACGACCUGGAAUACUCUGAAGAUAGUAACUCUGAGCCAAAUGUGGAUUUGGAAAAUCAGUACUAUAAUUCCAAAGCAUUAAAAGAAGAUGACCCAAAAGCAGCAUUAAGCAGUUUCCAAAAGGUUUUGGAACUUGAAGGUGAAAAAGGAGAAUGGGGAUUUAAAGCACUGAAACAAAUGAUUAAGAUUAACUUCAAGUUGACAAACUUUCCAGAAAUGAUGAACAGAUAUAAACAACUAUUGACCUAUAUUCGGAGUGCGGUCACAAGAAAUUAUUCUGAAAAAUCCAUUAAUUCUAUUCUUGAUUAUAUCUCCACUUCUAAGCAGAAUUCUGAUUUUUUAUGUCAGAUGGAUUUACUGCAGGAAUUCUAUGAAACAACACUGGAAGCUUUGAAAGAUGCUAAGAAUGACAGACUGUGGUUUAAGACAAAUACAAAGCUGGGGAAAUUAUAUUUAGAACGAGAGGAAUAUGGAAAACUUCAAAAAAUUUUACGCCAGUUACAUCAGUCCUGCCAGACUGAUGAUGGAGAAGAUGACCUGAAAAAAGGCACACAGUUAUUAGAAAUAUAUGCUUUGGAAAUUCAAAUGUACACGGCACAGAAAAAUAACAAAAAACUUAAAGCACUCUAUGAACAGUCACUUCACAUCAAGUCUGCCAUCCCUCAUCCACUGAUCAUGGGAGUCAUCAGAGAAUGUGGUGGUAAAAUGCACUUGAGAGAAGGUGAAUUUGAAAAGGCACACACUGAUUUUUUUGAAGCCUUCAAGAAUUAUGAUGAAUCGGGAAGUCCAAGACGAACCACUUGCUUAAAAUAUUUGGUCUUAGCAAAUAUGCUAAUGAAAUCGGGAAUAAAUCCAUUUGACUCACAGGAGGCCAAACCUUACAAAAAUGAUCCAGAAAUUCUAGCAAUGACGAAUUUAGUAAGUGCCUAUCAGAAUAAUGACAUCACUGAAUUUGAAAAGAUUCUAAAAACAAAUCACAGCAACAUCAUGGAUGAUCCUUUCAUAAGGGAACACAUUGAAGAGCUUUUGCGAAACAUCAGAACACAAGUGCUUAUAAAAUUAAUUAAGCCUUACACAAGAAUACAUAUUCCUUUUAUUUCUAAGGAGUUAAACAUAGAUGUAGCUGAUGUGGAGAGCUUGCUGGUGCAGUGCAUAUUGGAUAACACUAUUCAUGGCCGAAUUGAUCAAGUCAACCAACUCCUUGAAUUGGAUCAUCAGAAGAGGGGUGGUGCCCGAUAUACUGCACUAGAUAAAUGGACCAACCAACUAAAUUCUCUCAACCAGGCUGUAGUCAGUAAACUGGCUUAACAGAGAACAAGCUUUUACAGACAUACUUAAGGCAACAGUGCAGAGAUGUAACCCUUAAAAGAACUGGGAAUGGCAAAACUACUGUCGGUUGAUGUGUCCCGAAAAUUAUUGGAGUUAUGGCAGAAGUGCUUUUUUUGAUCAACUGGUUUGUGUUUUGCUGCUGCAUUUAUCCCAAGAAAAACAGCUUUAAUCUCCAGAAGAAAACCAAAAUGCCGUGGGAUUUAUGCUGUAUUGACAUCUUGCCCUAAAACAUACAACAUCAUAGUAAUUUGUCAUGGGCAACAUGACCAGAGAGAAGAUUUUUGUCAUGAUUUUAAAUACACUGACACGCUACUGUUGGUUAAAUUUAAACAUGUUUUACCUGCAGAAAUUCUCUCACAAAUAACCUGCAAUAACUUGAAAUGCAUACCCUUUUGAACACUUCCUUUUCUCAUGUAUAAAUUAAAAUGUUUGCUGCAUUUUGCAAAAUGUCAGUUCUCCAAAAAUGUGUCCGUAUAUUUCUGUACCUGCAGUGUAGUAAAGGUUUAGAUGAAACCCCAUAAUUAUAGUGGCAUACUGUCACUUAGGUUUCAAGCAGCAAAAUAAACAGUGCAGCUCAGAAAUUGUA